AUCAGUCCGAUGUUCUCUGAGCUUCAAUUGGCUCUCUCUCAAGUUCUUCACGAAAGGAUGGGGCUUCUUUCUGGGGGAAGAAGCUUGGCGUUUGGCCUUCCUUUGUGGCUUGAUGGCCGUCGUUGACUACUUCCGGGGAAACAGCAUGGCGUGCACGGCGGCCCACGCGUGCUUGAUCAUCCUCGUCCGCAGGGUCCUGGCCGGCGGGAUCUGCACCUCCGCCAGACGCCUGGACGGCAAGACGGUCGUCAUCACCGGCUGCAGCGUCGGCAUCGGCAGGGAGACGGCUCGGGACCUCAGCGGCAGAGGUGCCAAGAUCAUCAUGGCUUGCCGCGACACCAGGGCAGCGGAGAAAGUAGCCAAGGAAAUCGGAAGUCGGACUGGGGGGGAGCUGGUGGUGAUGAGGCUGGACCUUGCCUCCCUGGCCUCCGUGCGGGCCUUUGCCGAGGAACUCAAGGCCAGAGUGACGCGUGUUCACAUUCUCAUCAAUAAUGCAGGUGUGAUGUUCUGCCCAUACAGCAAGACGGAGGACGGCUUCGAGAUGCAGAUGGGCACUAACCACUUCGGGCAUUUCCUCCUAACGAACCUCCUGCUCCCUCUGCUCACCCACUCCGAGGAGGCGCGGGUGAUCACGCUUAGUUCUUUGGCCCAUUCCUAUGGCGUUAUUCCCUUCGACGACAUGACGUACGAGAAAGGCUUCGACCGCAACCAGUCUUACGCGAACAGCAAGGUGGCCAAUAUUCUGUUUACGCGCCGUCUUGCGAAGAAGGUGAAAGGCACGAAGAUCAAGGUCUUCUCUCUGCACCCGGGAGUCGUGCAGUCCAACCUCUGGAGGCACGUCGCGGGGACUUUCGCGUCCUCCUGGUACGCUGCGCUCAUCUCCAAAGCUCAGACCACUCUGCAUUGCGCUCUGGAGGCAGAGCAGGAUGACUAUAGUUAUUACUUCAAUGACUGCGCGGCGGGUUACGCUUCGGCAACUGCCAGGGACGACAAGAUAGCCGAGCGACUGUGGCAGUUGUCGGAGAAGAUGGUUCAGCUUAAAUAAGAAAUUAGAGAAAUAGUAAGAGAGAGAGAAGACUCGAAAAAGAAUGGCAGACAAGGGCCUUAUCAGUUCUCUUACCAUUAGGCAGUGCCGUCUUAAUCCAGUGCUGUCCUUUUUCUCACUUCGCUGAAUGUUUACAAUUAGAUCAGGCUUCAGGUAAACUGCCUUUGAAGAAAGAAGGCGGACGUGUAUACAGAACUUGAAACGUUCACUGAUCCCGGCGCAGCGUUGCCAGACGUGAAAACCGAUUAUUUUGGACAAGAGAACUUUUUGACAAUAAUGAUAACGACAGUGAUGAU